GGCAGUCAGAGAACCGACGGAAGGGGAGACUACUUUUCAGCGUCGGAGCCGUCGGACUGCAACGGCGAAGCGGCUGGUCUCUCACGCAACUCCUAACCUGACAGUGCGUCCGACUCGAUCGCGGUGCAUCGAUUUUACCUCCUUCGGAAAUAUCUAUUCUGUUGACGAAUUCAUCGAAUAGUUCGCCACCGCUUAACCACGUCUGGCCGCCGGCGGAUCGCGACGCGACGCUGUUUUUCCUCGGUGUUCUCCGUCGGCUUUGUACGCUGCCAAACCAAGGACGCGGCGAUGACAAGGAGCUGAGAGUUAACCGUGCCCAUCGGUAUCGUGCAUGAGAAAUGAACGGUUCUCGACUAGGCAGGGGCCGGAGUGGCCGCCUGGCCGUGUACGUGGGCUGCGGGCUGGUCGUCCUGGUCAUGGUGUUCCUUUACCGCGCUGCUACUUCUGAAAUGGCCAGGCUCCGAGAACUUCACAUACAGUGUGCCCAUCAACAAGAAACUCUCGCUGCCCAACUACAAGUGAUAUUCGAGUACAAAAUGAGACUGGAGAAGUCUCUGGCUGAGGAGAAGAGCUCGAACGCCGCGGUGAAGCAGGAACUCCAGCAGCGAGCGACGAGGGAGAAGUCCCUCAGGGACAAGGACAGUAUAGAAGCUAUGCAGAGGUUCAAUUCUCUGCAGCAGACGUACAAGCUGCUGCAGACCGAGCACCAAGACCUUCGAGAGGAGUGCAAGAAGCAUGAGCAACAAGCACUGGAAGAUACUAAUCGACUGGAGGCCACGCUUAGGGAUCUCCGUACGCGCAUCAGGCAAGCUAAGGAAGAUAAAGAGAAAGCUUUGGAGAACCUGAAGACCAAGUUCCUUGAACUGGACACGCAGAAGACCGAGCUAGAGCAAAAGUACAAUGACAUGCUGAAGAGUAAUGGGAACAUUGAUAGCACAGUCGAGCAUCUGAGGAAGGAAGUGAUUCAGUUGAAGCAGGAAUUGGAGAAUGCCAAGAAGUCUUUGCAGAAGGCGACUUCUCCGUCCAUGAGAAUACCGAAUCCUCUGCAGCCGGAGUCGCAGUCGAGGUCUGGUGCAACGGGGAACGCGGCGCAGCCGUCUCCCUCGCAACAGCAACAGAGCACAGUGGCAACCAGUUCCAUGAAAUCAAUCCCGGCGGUGAAGCUGGAGACUUCGACGCCAGCCAGCAGCGGGAACCCAGUGUUCACGUCUGGAGACAAAAUACCGAUCGCAAAGCCAGUUUCGAAGGGCAAGCUUCCGGUCGGCGUGCCACCGAUUCCGGUGAUGAUAGACCAGAAACCGGACAAUCAGGAGAAGCAGGACGAGGCGGCGAAGAAGAAAGAGGAACCGAAGCAGAAGAACAACGUAGAGAGCAAGGAACAGGAACCGGAGAACGGGAACCUGGUCCCUCCGUUCCCGGCUAGAAGGGAUGAUCCGUUGCCGGAUAGAAGAGAGAGCGGGUGGUUCAACGUCGGGCCUGGAGUACAGGAAAUCGGGGACGAGAAUCAUAUUCGACUUCCUGGAUUGGAUGCUGGCGCUGAAAGGAAUGCCGAGGCUGGUGACGAUCAGUACGAAGGAGUCGAUUACGACAAAGAACCCCAGCAGAAGAACAGCGACUUGCAAUUGGUCGAGGGUGAAGACGAGGGCGAAGAUGAGGACGAUCAGAUAGAUUAUUUGCACAAUGCAAAGCAAGAUAAGAGGGAAUGAACUAUUCUUGCUUAGGCAGCACGUUUUAACGGACAAACGAAAUUAACUAAUUAUCUAAUUGACAUCCACUACCGGUUAACUCUUCACCUUGCCACUAUUACUUAAACGAGACUCGGUCACCUCGUGACGCAUAGAUAGAAUGCACUGUCUUAAUUUUUUUAUCAGUUUUUUUCUUGGGGAUCCCGUGGCUGCGGGGUUUUAGCCAAAAUAAAAAUGUUUAGAUAGUCUUUACUCGAAUGCAGAUGCUAUUUAAAUAGCUGCUCGUGCGGCGGGCAGAUUGUAUUUUUAUUCGGAAGCUCACUGAUUGGUCCGAGCAAUAGGAUGAAAAAAAUAUGAACAGACUGUAUUUUUCUAGAGUUAAUUCUAAGAGAGAGAGAGAGAGAGAGAAAGACGCGAUUUUAGACAAAGGGAAAUGUGAAUUUACUCUCUCAUUGGCAGACUCAGCCUUUUCAUUUAUCCAGUAUUAUCUUCGAAUCGUAUAGUAUUUCAAUUCAUUAAAAUUAUGUCAGAUUUUAUUUAAAACGUAUGCAAGUUCGAUUCCCUUGGAAUAAUUAAAAGAAUCGUUCUGCCAGUGAAAGAGACUGAUCAAUUCAACGAUAAGUGGAGUUGUGACUUAAAUGCACUAAUUACUUAAAAGCCCGCAACGUUUCUAAACAUAUAGUAAAUACUCGAAUAAAGAGCCGACCCGUUCUCGUGGAAAUCGUGCAAUAAGAUGCGGUACCAACGGUGCGCGUGAUUUAUUUAUUGCCUAACGUCGUCUCUGGCGCUAACAAUCAAGACUUAACAGAAAUUGAAAGGAACCUAUACUUUAAGGAAUUUACUACGGAUCAUAGAUUAAUGUUUGUUAUGACGGUAGAUGUCUACUUAUACAAUACAAAGAGAAGUGAUUCGCAUAUGUACAUAAGAUUCUUUUCGUAAUAAAAAGUUGACAAAAA